AUGCUACCUACCUCAUGUCAAAAGACCACUGCGACUUCUGGCAAGUCCCUUAUUAGAUCGAUUUUCCGCUUUGAUGUUCUACUUCAGAGCAUGUUAAUGAAGCUCCUGUUGGUCUUUGUUGUACUGCUUUCUGCGAUAGCUAGCAGUGAGGCUCUUUCGUGUGCGAUUCCAAAAAUAGGAGGCAUUUUGUGCGAUCUCCACUGCCGUGGACAUGGCUGGGGACCGGGACACUGCAGCUCUGAGAACGUUUGCAGAUGCGGAGGAUAAAGAAGAUCUGUUCUUAUAAGCUUAAAUAAAGCAUUCAAGCAGUUU